AUGAGUGUAUCGCGAGCUUUCGUCCUUGCGCGGAGGGGCACUGUUCCCAGGUCAUGCCACUCACCUGCACAGCUUUCACGAUUUACAAAGGCCUUUUCGACCAGUCUACGCCGAGAUGAUACCUGGGGAUUUAUUGGGCUGGGCCAGAUGGGCUACAACAUGGCCAAGAAUUUACACGCAAAGAUUCCCCCGACGGAUACACUCCUGAUUCGCGAUGUGAAUGAAGAAUCAACAAACCGUUUUCUUCAAGAGGCUAGCGAGGCUGCGAAGGGUACUGGAGCUAAUGUUACUACCCGACCCAAAGUUGAAGUUGCGGAUAGUGCUAGAGAUCUUGCGGAGAAGUCGAGCGUGAUCAUAACCAGUCUUCCGGAGCCCCAGCAUGUCAAGGAUGUUUUCCAUUCCAUGCUUCGUCAAGGGACAUUGCCGGCACUGGACAAGGAGCGAGUGUUUAUUGAUACAUCGACAAUUGAUCCGGCUUCCAGCAAGGAGGUCGCAAACUCAAUUCAUACAACUCAGCAAGGACGAUUUGUCGAUGCACCAGUUUCUGGCGGCGUUGUGGGAGCCCGCGCCGGUACCCUCUCUUUCAUGUUUGGAGCGUCGUCUCAAACAGGAGAACUUGUGGACCGUGUCAAAGCCAUUCUGCUUCUCAUGGGAAAAAAGGCGUGGCAUAUGGGUGAAGCCGGAACGGGCGUCUCGGCUAAGCUCGCCAACAACUACAUUCUAGCGAUUAACAACAUUGCGACGGCGGAGGCUAUGAACCUUGGGAUGCGCUGGGGUCUUAACCCCAAAGCCCUAGCGGAACUGGUCAGUGCUUCCACAGGUCGGUGCUGGCCAAUGGACGUGAACAACCCCGUCCCCGGUGUCGUUGAGGGGGCACCCGCGUCGCGCGACUACGAGGGCGGAUUCGGGGUCAGUCUUAUGAACAAGGACUUGCGGCUUGCUCUUACUGCUGCGAAGGAGUCUGGCUCUCCUCUGGCACUUGCUGAGGUGGCGCAGAUCAUCUACAGCGUAGUGGAAUCGGAGCAUCGGGGCAAAGACUUUUCUGUGGUGUACAAAUGGCUGCAGGAUCAGUCACAACCGCAAUGA